AUGGCCCCGCCUCCGAUUCUCUCUUCCCUCCUCCUCCUCCUCCACACCCUCACCCUCGCCGCCGCCGCCGCCGGCCGAUUCGACCUCCUCCUCCCGAGCAUCGGCAUCUCGGCAAUGCACAUGCAGCUCCUCCACACCGAUCGCGUCAUCAUCUUCGACCGCACCGACUUCGGCCCCUCCAACAUCUCCCUCCCCGACGGCCACUGCCGCACCGACCCCAACGACACCGCCCUCACCCGCGACUGCACCGCCCACUCCGUCGAGUACGACGUCAUCCGCAACUCCGUCCGCCCCCUCACCGUCCUCACCGACACCUGGUGCUCCUCCGGCGGCCUCUCCCCCGACGGCCUCCUCAUCCAGACCGGCGGCUACAACGACGGCGACCACGCCAUCCGAACCUACGACCCCACCUGCACGAGUUCCCCAUGCGACUGGGUCGAGACCAACCCUGGCCUCACGAAUAGAAGAUGGUACGCCACCAAUCACGUCCUGCCAGAUGGCUCCCACAUAAUCGUCGGCGGCCGCCGCCAGUUCAACUACGAAUUCUACCCCAAAACGUCCCCCGCCGCUGCCCGCUCUUACAACCUUCCGUUCCUCGUCCAGACCAAUGACCCCAAAAUCGAGAACAAUCUCUACCCGUUCGUCUUCCUCCACACGGACGGCAAUCUGUUCAUCUUCGCCAACAAUCGCUCCAUUUUAUUCGACUACGUACAUGGCUCGGUCGUUCGAACCUACCCACCCGUCCCGGGCGGGGACCCUCGGAGCUACCCGAGCACAGGCUCCGCGGUUUUGCUCCCGUUCCAGGUCGGGUCCGGUCCCGAGAUUCUGGUGUGUGGCGGCGCACCGAGGGGCGCGUACGCCAGCGGGAAUUUCAUGCGGGCCCUCAACACGUGCGGCAGGAUCCGUAUAGACGACCACGACCCGAAAUGGGUCGUGGAGACAAUGCCGGGCCCACGAGUCAUGGGUGAUAUGGUGUUACUCCCGAAUGGGGACGUCUUGAUUAUAAACGGGGCCGGGUCGGGUACGGCCGGCUGGGAAUCAGGUCGCGACCCGGUCUUCACGCCGGUUAUUUACCGACCCGGGAAUUCACUCGGGUCGAGGUUCGAGGUGCAGGCCUCGAGCUCCGUGCCCCGGAUGUACCACUCGACCGCGGUUUUGCUCCGGGACGGGCGGGUCUUGGUCGGCGGCAGCAAUCCGCAUAUUUAUUACAAUUUUACUGGCGUUAUGUAUCCUACUGAUCUCAGUUUAGAAGCGUUUUCGCCGGCCUAUUUGAGUUCGAGUUUUACGAGCAUACGCCCGCGUAUUGUUUCGCCAGUUUCGCAGUCCCGAAUCGGGUACGGGCAGCGGGUUGGGAUCCAUUUUACGGUUCCCUCGGGUCGGGUCGAUGGUGAUAAGGUGAUGGUUACGAUGGUUUCACCGCCGUUUACCACACACUCGUUCUCGAUGAAUCAGAGGCUCUUGGUACUAAGCAGUGGGAAUGUGACGGCAAACGGGAAUGGGUAUGAUGUUCGGGUCGUGAUGCCGGGUUCGGGUAAUGUUGCCCCGCCUGGUUACUACCUUCUGUUUGUGGUUCAUCAACAGGUUCCUAGUGAGGGCAUUUGGGUGAAAAUAAAGUGA